UCACCCUCGCCCAGGUUCUGGGGUUGGAAGGAGGCGGAGGAGCUGUGGUCCAACUGCUGAAGUCUCCAUGUGACAGUGAGUGGGGUCCCCUUCUGGGCGCCACUCCACUCCUGAUCACAGUCACAGGAUCCGGCCACUAUACCAGCACCGACAGACCGGCAGGCCCCGGACUCUGGGCGUCGGACGGUGCGGCCGCCAGACUUGGGGUGCUGAGUGAACGGCGGACCCGGGGAAGGAGGCGGAGCGGCGCGGCGAGCGGGGCUCUGUGGUGGCGCCGGCGCCCCUGAACUGGCAGACAUGAACGGCUUCACUCCGGAGGAGAUGAGCCGAGGCGGGGACGCGGCCGCUGCCGUGGCCGCGGUGGUCGCUGCUGCAGCUGCUGCCGCCUCGGCGGGGAAUGGGAACGCAGCCGGCGGUGGGGCAGAGGUGCCGGGUGCCGGUGCGGUGUCGGCUUCUGGGCCACCUGGAGCGGCCGGUCCUGGCCCCGGGCAACUCUGUUGUUUGCGGGAGGACGGUGAGCGGUGCGGACGCGCGGCAGGCAACGCCAGCUUCAGCAAGAGGAUCCAGAAGAGCAUCUCUCAGAAGAAGGUGAAGAUCGAGCUGGAUAAGAGUGCAAGGCAUCUUUACAUCUGUGACUAUCAUAAGAACCUAAUUCAGAGUGUUAGGAACAGAAGGAAGAGGAAGGGAAGCGAUGAUGAUGGCGGAGACUCACCUGUUCAGGACAUCGACACUCCAGAGGUUGAUUUGUAUCAAUUACAAGUAAAUACACUUAGAAGAUACAAAAGACACUUCAAGCUUCCAACCAGACCUGGUCUAAAUAAAGCACAACUUGUUGAGAUAGUUGGUUGUCACUUUAAGUCUAUCCCGGUGAAUGAAAAAGACACCUUAACAUGUUUCAUCUACUCAGUGAGGAAUGACAAGAACAAAUCAGAUCUCAAGGCCGACAGUGGUGUUCACUAGGAGAGACGCUGUUCGCACUAGCACAUAGAUGUCUGCCUGUAAAGAAUGUUUACUGUUUUUCAGAUGUAGAAAUGGUCUUGUGUAUUUUUUCUACAGAGGAUUUUCUUUGACUGAGUUUUUUUUUUUUUUUUUGGUCGUCAUUUUUGAUUCUAAUAAUUAGUUGGAAACUCAUAUAAACUGAGCUUCCUAGAUUAAACAUAUUUUAAAUAAAGGUUAUUACUAUUA